AUGAUUCGUCAACAACAGGAGGCACACCAGAAACUUGCUGAAGAAAUGGCCCGACUCAAAGAAAGACGACCGGAGAUGACGGAAGACAACAGCCGUACUGGCGGCCACAAUGAAGGCCACAGGAACGACCACAACGACGACCAUUACAGCGGCCAGAACGACGGUCGCCAUGAUGACAGCGGUCGCCCUCCGCGAUCACCUGAAUUACUACCUUUCACUGAAGUCGUUAUGCAGGCUACAAUGCCCGAUCGGCCUCCCCCUCAAAUUGAAAAAUUCGACGGAACAACAGACCCCGAACAACACCUCCGGAAUUUCGUCGACUCCAUGGCCUUCUAUUCCAAAAACGAUCCAGUCAAGUGCAGGGCUUUCUCCCUGUCUCUAAAAGACAAAGCCCUAGAAUGGUAUUACACUCUUCCUCCGAAUUCUAUUGACAGUUUUCAUACUGUCACCACUCUAUUCAAAAGACAGUUUUCGGCCAACCGGAGGGAGAAGAUGUCCGCUGCCGAACUCGUCAAUCUCAAACAAGGGAGAGACGAACCGUUGAGAACAUUCAUGCGCAGAUAUUCUGAAGCGGCAAGAAGAGUAAAAGGUGUCACCCAUGAGUUCAUCAUCAACAACCUGCCCAACUGUCUCAAACCAGGGUUUGUCUCGGAGAGUCUAUACGCUGAAUUACAGAAGACUAUGGAGGAAUUACAGGAAAAAAUGACCAAAUUCAUCAAAAUGGAAGAUCAACGGCACUACCGCAAGAAAGUUGAGGCCCCCAUAACUGAAGCUAAACGCGAAGACCAGCGAUCGCAUGACAAAGGUCAUAAUCAAAGGCUCCCGCGAAGAGGGCCUCCAGUUCCGCUCAAUCCCCGCUACGACCACUAUGCACAUCUCACUGUUCCGAGGGAGAAAGUGUUCGAAAAAGCCCUCCAAACUAACCCGAUCACCGUUCGUAGACGACGCUCACCUAGGGAUGCGAACGGAUCUAAAACUUGUCGGUUUCAUGACAACCGAGGACAUUCCACAGAAGGAUGUCAGAGCCUCAAAGACGAAAUCGAAAGAUUAAUCCGUGCCGAAUAUCUGGGGGAAUUUGUUAAAGCAGACACGAGUCAACGAGGGUGCUCGCCCAAAAGGAUAAGGAAAAGCCCUGAACCUUCACGCCGAAAGACCGAACGCUCCCGAGAGCGCUCGAGAAGCAGAUCUAGAAAGCGAGAUACAACCCUGAGGGGCCGCAUUGACACCAUCUCAGGAGGUUUUGCUGAGGGCGGAGCCUCAUCCUCGGCCCGUAAAAGACACUUGCAGAACUUGCGAAGCGUCCACACGAUAACUCAAAAUCCCUUAUCAAUGCCGGACAUCACCUUUACCGACAGGGAUUUUCACGCCCCAGACCCAGAACAGGAUGAUCAUAUGGUCAUUACAGCCCGAAUAACACCGUAUGACGUGAGCAAAGUCCUGAUAGACCAGGGAAGUUCGGUCAACGUCUUAUACUGGACAACAUUCCAAAAGAUGGAGCUGACGGAGGAUGCGAUAACACCCUUUCACGAACAGAUCGUUGGAUUCGCAGGUGAACGUGUUGACACCCGGGGAUACCUCGACCUGAGGACCCGAUUGGGCACCGGUGACAAGGCCAAAGAACUCCGUGUGCGCUUCCUGCUGGUAGAAGCGAACAAUUCAUAUAACACUCUUAUAGGGCGUCCUUGCCUAAACGCUUUCGGGGCAAUCCUGUCGACUCCUCAUUUGGCGAUGAAGUUCCCGUCCGAAAGCGGCGUAAUAUGCACCGUUCGAGCAGACCAGAAAACCGCCCGACAAUGUUACACCGCUUCCUUAAAAGCCACAACUUAUAAAAAAGAGAAAUGGCCUGAGGCUAUCCUGGUCGACCUAGAUCCUAGGACCAACACAGACGAUCGAAUUCAACCCCAGGGAGAGAUUAAACCGUUCGUCCUGGGGAAGAAUGCUGAACAAACCACCAACAUAGGGGCCGAUCUCACUUCGGUUGAAGAAAGUAACUUAACCACAUUACUGAAAACCAAUAAUCAACUCUUUGCGUGGAAUGCCUCAGAUAUGCCCGGGAUCCAUCCCAGCGUUAUCACGCACAAGUUAUCCAUAUUUCGAGAGGCUCGACCAAUAACGCAAAAGAAGAGAAGGCUCGGCACCGAAAAAAGGGUGGUUGUACAAAAGGAAGUUGACAAACUGGUCAAGGCUGGAUUCGUCAGGGAGAUAACGUACACCACUUGGUUGGCGAAUGUAGUCAUGGUGAAAAAAGCAAAUGGUCAGUGGCGAAUGUGUGUAGAUUUCACUGAUCUCAACAAAGCUUGUCCCAAGGACAACUACCCCCUUCCCAGCAUUGAUCGACUUAUAGACGGCGCCUCUGGACACACAAUCCUCAGCUUUCUAGACGCAUACUCCAGAUAUAACCAGAUUUCGAUGUAUGCUCCAGACCGGGACAACACGGCUUUCAUAACUGAACAAGCCAAUUACUGCUACGAGGUAAUGUCGUUAGGCCUGAAAAAUGCAGGGACAACUUAUCAGACACUCAUGGAUAAAAUCUUCCAAAAUCAAAUUGGGCGGUGCAUGGAGGUUUACGUGGAUGACAUGGUGGUAAGAAGCUGUUCCCAUCAACAACACUUGAAGGAUCUAGCAGAAGUCUUCCACCAACUCAAGCAGUACGGUUUGCGCCUGAAGCCGUCCAAAUGCACGUUCGGCGUGUCGACUGGUAAAUUCCUAGGUUUUAUGUUGACAAAUCGAGGAAUUGAGGCCAACCCGGAUAAAUGCCGAGCAAUCCUAGAGAUGAGAAGUCCAACUAAGUUGAAAGAGGUUCAAUGCUUAGUCGGACGCCUCACCGCUCUAUCACGGUUUAUACCGAAACUCUCCGACCAUAUCAAGCCGAUACUCAAAAACAUGAAGAAAAAUGUGCCUCGACAUUGGGAUGAUCACUGUGAGGCGGCCUUCUCUGCAUUAAAAAACAUACUGACCAACCUGUCCAUCAUGAGUCGACCAACAGAGGGGUUUGACUUACAACUAUAUCUAUCUGAAUCCAGCCAUUCGGUAAGUGCUGCCCUUAUUCAAGAGGCAUCAAUCUUCAAGCUUAUACAUUUUGUUAGCAGAACCUUGCAGGGGGCCGAGGAACGAUAUUCUCAGGUGGAGAAAGUAGCAUUGGCUCUACUAACAGCGGCAAGACGGCUCCGCCUAUACUUUCAAAGCCACCAAGUUAUUAUACGAACGAACCAUCCGAUCGCCAGGAUUCUCAGGAAACCGGAUCUAGCAGGAAGGAUGGGCUCCAUCAAGGGCCAGCACUUAGCCGAUUUCGCAGCAGAACUACCCCCGACGGCAGAACCGUCCGUGUGGAAUUUGAGCGUAGACGGAUCCUCAGACAAAAGAGGAGGAGGAGCCGGUAUUGUACUGGAGGGACCGAACGGUCUUCUUGUCGAGCAAGCAGUAUCCUUCACAUUCCAGCUCAGUAACAAUCAAGCAGAAUACGAAGCCCUAAUCAGCGGACUACUCUUGGCCGCCGAGCUGGACAUUGAACAUUUAGAAUGCCGAAUGGAUUCCCAACUGGUUGUGGGGCACAUUAACGGAACCUUCCAGGUCAAGGACAAUCAUUUAUUACGUUACUAUCACAAAGUCAGCGACCUCAUCAAAGCGUUCGCCACCUUCAAAAUCACCCAUGUACCCAGGGCGCAAAAUUCCCGAGCGGAUUUACUUUUCAAACUGACACACGCCCGGGGAAACUCCCAACUCACUUCAGUAAUCAAAACCAUGCUGGAAAAGCCUCUGUUAGAAACAUGCUCCACCAGCGUCAUUCCUCCCAAGGCUGAUUGGCGGCAAGACAUAAUACAGUUGAUGAUUGAGCAAGAACAAGGUGUACGGGAACUGCAUCACGACAUUUGUGGUUCUCACUCGGGUAAAAGAACGCUUAGAGCCAAGAUAUUACGAGCGGGUUUCUAUUGGCCCACAAUUGAACAAGAUUGCAAAGAGUUCAUUCAAAAGUGCAUCUCUUGCCAGUCCCAUGGACACGACACUCGGAUCCCUCUGUCCGAACUGAUGGGCAUCAUAUCUCCAUGGCCCUUUGCCCAAUGGGGAAUGGACAUUGUCGGACCCCUGCCGCUCGCAAAAGGACAGUGUAAAUAUCUACUUGUGGCAAUCGACUACUUCACCAAGUGGAUCGAGGCAGAAGCCCUCGCAACAAUCAGCGCCCGAAAGGUACAAAGCUUCAUAUGGCACUUGAUAUGCCGGUUCGGCAUAUCGCAAAAAAUCAUUACCGAUAACGGUCAGCAAUUCAUAGACCGUACGCUGGAAGACUUUCUCAAGGGGCUGGACAUCAAGCAUGUUACAAGUUCAGUGGACCACCCCCAAACUAACGGACAGGCCGAAGCUGCGAACAAAGCCAUAAUCUCUGAGUUAAAAAAGCGCCUAGGGCAAGCCAAAGACUUGUGGGUCGAAGAAUUGCCUGAAGUACUUUGGGCUUACAGAUGCACACCGCACGGAUCUACACGUGAGACUCCCUUCAAUCUCACAUAUGGCACUGAUGCUAUGUUACCGGUCGAAGUGGGGGAACCAUCCCUUCGCCGGCAUAUACAAGAUAUGACUCUCAACGACGAACAACUGAGGCUGAACCUCGACACCCUACCCGAAAGGCACGAGAUUGCCUUGAUCAAGAAUGAAGCUCAAAAACGACUGAUAGCCAGGCGCUAUAAUACCAAAGUUAAGCCCCGCAAUUUCACCGAAGGAGACCUUGUUUGGCGCAAGCGGGGUGAUGCACGUAAAAAUAAAGCACAUGGCAAGCUAGCUGACAACUGGGAAGGACCUCUCCGAAUCAGUGAAGAUUUGAAGAACGAAGCAUAUUGA